AUGAUAGAAGAAUUAAAUCGACGACUAGAUGCAAUAAGUGGAUAUAUAGAUGGAGUUCACCAAAGGGCCGAAGAUAAUACCCCGGAAUCAGUUCCUCCAUAUCCAAAUAGAUAUCUUCGCAGAAAACUUGUUGAAGAACAAAUCGAGCAGUCAUUGUUUUCACCAAAUUUAAAACAAUUACAUGAAUCAGUGCCUCAAAAGUAUGUUGGUCCAGAAUUUAUACGUCAACUGUUAGAAGCAGAAAAUCUAGAAGAUGAUCCAGUAGUAGACGGUCCGCAAAAGACAAAAAUGUACUUGGACAAAACCGAAAUGUCUUCUAUUCAAACUCUUAGAUAUACAGAAAAAGCCCAACAUGUUUAA